AUGCAGGAGCCAUUACGGGUUCUAAAGAUUUAUUCUAAACAACGCCGCUCCGUCCUCGCAUCUACUUCGACACUGUUGUAUCUGCCGAGAUUCAGCUCCACCUUUGAAAAUGGGGUUGGGGUGCGUCGCUUAUUCAGGCUUCUUGGCCCUAAGUGGGAAAAGUUGGCAGCCUGUUUCCAAGCUAUCCUCAUACCAAUUCAGCGCGGCGGCGAUAAAAUGGUACAUUGGUUAGUGUCACAUGUAUCUUCAAAGAUAGUGCUUCUUGAGACUAAAUACGGUCUCCGACUCACACUUAACGAUGGAUGUAUUUUUGAGUUCACCAAUACAUCUCACCCACACAUGGGGCUGAACGGACGCUGUGCAGCCUCAGUAGAUGAGCCUUUAUUGCUACGGCCAACAGUUGUUGUUGGAAAUUUACCAGCAACAUAUCACUAUCAACUCUCUCCAUAUUGGCAAUCCUCAAUCCUUGUGCAGAACAACAGUGGGAAGCAUACGCUGGCCACUGAAGAGGGUUUUGGUGCGAGCGUGAUUGAACAACGUUAUCCAAUCCUAGCGCCGCUCUAUCAUGCAUGGGUUGACAACUACAAUUUUGCUGUCAAACAGAGAGGCGAGCACCUGUUCAAAGGUGUGGAUGUGUUCUCAGACAUUUACGAACGUGUAGCUUGGGAAAUUGAGGGAUUCUUAAUGGCUUGUUGGCUAGGAUUGCAGGAUAAUGUUGAGGCUGUUGAAUACUGCCCAUAUGAUAUGUAUCGGAUUGAAAAUGGUGCGGUGGAAUUAUACCGAUUCCUUACACAUAUGCAUGAGUUUGUGUCCUGUCCACAAUGAAUGCUAUUUCCCGUUCCCUGGAUAGCAAAAUCUAUAUAAAUAUUUGGUGGCUUGUUGUUUUGAAGGCCUAAAGGUCGGGAUGAUCCGGGACUAGAUGUAAUAUAUGUCCCAUGCAUGUGUCCUAUUUCCCCUCUCGUCUUCUGGGCGAUGGGAUGUCGUCGAACAGCUUGGGGCAUAUAGUUACAAAGCAUACCCGUGGUCUUUCCCAAGUGACGUAGCUAUACCAAGUUGAAAAUAUGACGUGGAUGCGGUAGAUGUGGAGGAUGUAAGGAGAGCUUGGAAACACUGUUGGGGAACAAAAUAUUGAAAAAAGGAUCUAUUGUACAGUACAUAAACAUGUGAAUGUCACAUGCAUACAUAGUUAUUAAGUAGGUGACGAGGCGUACUGCUGGCUAGCGUACCCACAAUCCCGACUGAUC